UUUGACGCUUCGGUCUGGGGACAAGCUGUGCGUGAAAAUCCCGACCCUGAACGUCUAGUUCCAUACCCGAUUCGUGGCUUCGAGCAGUUGAGAGCCAGGCAGAAAGUGCACAUAGAUAAUGUUCGAGCACAAAGUCAUGCAGUGGAUGCGAUGAAAUCACGAAUUUCUCGUAUUGAAGCUAAUGUAUCAGCUGUUGCUGUGCAGCUAGCGCGCCAGAAAGUUAUUCAGAAGCAGCUUUCGCAUCGAUUACUGAGGGUCCUAUCCAUGCAACUCAUAUCGCAACGCUUCACGCAUGGAAUUGACGCCACUGAGGAAAGUAUGCAGUCAGCACUGGAGUCCAUUAAUGCGCGCUUGAAUGCUCCUCAACAGGUUAAGAGUCGAAUCGCUGAAAUUUCUGAAACUCUCCGUGUAGAGGAUGGAACGAUACGAUCAGCGCUGUCGAAAGAAUCAAACUUUCUCGAUGAAGCAGACGCGCUCAAUCUUAAAAAGUAUUUGGAUAGAUGCCAAGAUGGAUUGGAAAGUCUUGUAGCUGUGGUGGAGUCCAAAAGAGAGGAAAGGGCGAAAUCUGAAGCGCAGCGAAUAGCCAGCAUACGAGCGAAGAAGGAGCUGGAAAAACAAAGAAAUGCUAUACUGUCUCGGGCGUUGAGGGAAGUCGACCAGAAGAGUAAGCGAGUGGUGUUUCCAAUGACAGCGAUGAUGAGCUCUCAAGGGGCUUCCCAAAAAUCGUCUACUGCUCACGUGAAGCUUUUUGAGGACAGCUCAUCAGAAGAGGACGAACAAGAUACGAUAACGAUCACUAAUCGUCACGAGGGGAAAAAAGGGGAGAAACUGAUGAAGUUGGAGGCGCGUUUCAACUCUGACUCACGUUUCAAACUUGACGAAAAGUUUGUUUCUAGCGGAAGCGAAGAUGAGGACGAGGAUGGCUCUGAAAAGGAUGCCAAGGGUCAUGCGAAAGUCCGCCCUUUCACGAGGUUCGAUCCCUUCAACGAGGAGCAUGUUCGCUGGUUGAAGAAAGAAGAGGAGCUGAGAAAUGGAGCGAACGAUGAAGACAGCAACGAUGAACACGUCGUACUGAAUGAAAGUGAAGGAGGCCCGAUAAAAAAUGGCAUUCAUUAUGAGAUGCAGCCUGAUUUUGCUGAAGAGCUGAAAGUGCGCUUAGCCGGUGAGACUUCAGCUGCAGAAUCUUCCAACGCAAAUGGUGGCUUCUCGUUUCUGGCGAUGGUGGGUAGGAAAACUACAUCCGAAGAGCUGGGUCAUACGCAUGGUCAAAAAGUUGACAUUUUACCGAACAAGAAGAUGAAGAUGAUCUUGGAAAGCGUUCAGGACGACGACGGUGUUGAUACAAAGGUUGUAGUUCCUGUUAACUCGAAGUCUUCCAGUUUGGGAAGGCCUGCUAACACUGCAUUUUUCGUGACUGGCAAUGAAGAACACUUACAAAGUUUGAUCAGCAAUUUCAAGCGAACACAGCCGCUGGAGCGGAUUGUUCCGCUAUGGGCCAACCACCGAGACGUCUUCGCAAAGAACUACAAACAUCUACGGAAAGCGGCGCUCAAGGAAAACCGGCAGAAUCUCAUGCAGAGUAACGGGAAAAAUAAGGAUAAGAAAGGCUUGACGUUCCCUAAAAAGAGAGACAGUCAGCAGAAAUUAGAACAGAUCACUGCCGAGUACCGAGCCCGCGUUAAAUAUCUUCACCCUGAUAAACUCGAUGAAGCUGAUCCGAUAAAACAUGAGGAGUAUCUGCGACUGCAGUCUAUGCAUUGGAUAACUCCAAAGGAAACACCGAUGAUAUCGUCGUCAAACGCUGCGGUGCAAGUGACAUCUACGGAACCAGACAAAAAGUUCUCAAGAUGGGAAUCAGAGAGGCUCUGGUGUGGCCAAUACUGUCGGGGUUUUAUGAACGCGUAUUCUCUGGACGGUCUGGUUAUAGUAGCGCUUCUAACAACUUUGCCGAAAGGUGUCAAACAAAAGACUAAGAAGACUAAACCUGCUGGCCCUAAACGUGGACAUAACCUUUACAUACCUCCUAAAAAGCAACAUCUCAUUCAGCAAGACAAAGUAGGGGCAGAAGUUACGAAGAUUAUCAACGAGAAGAAUGAAGAAAUGGUGAAAGGUCAGGCUGAUAAUGCUGUUGGUCGUAAUCAAAAGAGCUGA